CGAAAAUAGCAUGCUGAAACCAAUACCGCUUGAAACUUUGUCUGGGGGGUGGUUACUCAACGUAGGCGCAAGCAACCGUGGCGGAGACGCUAAAAGGAGAUCAGGUACCACAACGCUGUCACGCUCCGUAGAAUGAUGCUCUAGCGGCAAAUGCUACCCGCAGAGGUGGGGUGAUACAAGAUGCUGAGACCGGUCUCUGCCAUCGUAUAUUAUUCUGCACCGAAAGACCGAACCGCACUCGUCGCGGUCAUGGCGUCCUCAGCUCCAGUAGCCAUUGUGACGGGAGGCAACUCUGGAAUGGGAAUGGGCAUUGUCCGACAGCUCGUAAAGCGAGGCUGGAAAGUGGCCAUUGCUGAUAUCAAUGAGAACAAGGAAUUUGCGGAAGAGUUAGGGGAAGCAUCAAGCUUCCAUAAGUGCAAUGUCGCCGACUAUGACAGCCAGGCAGAGAUGUUCCAGCAGGUCUGGGACAAGUACAAGAGGCUUGAUGCUCUGUGCGCAAACGCAGGUAUUGUGGACAAGAGCUCCAUCUUCAUCUUCGAACAUCGCGGCUCUGAUAAGAUUCCGCCGAAGCCCGAUCUACUCACGACGGACGUGGAUUAUAAGGGCGUCGUAUAUGGGACCCAAUUGGCGAUCCAUUUCAUGCGGAAGAACGAGGUGCCAGGAGGCAAGAUCGUGGUCACGGCUAGUGUGGCAGCCGUUGUCCCACACGAAUCGUAUCCUGAAUAUGAUGGCGCAAAGGCAGCGGCUGUGAACUUCGUAAGGGCUACGGCGCGUAUACUCAAAAGCAAAGAGAACAUUAGCAUCAACGCAGUGUGUCCUGGUAUUGUCCAUACCUCCAUCAUUCCCCAGGAGAUGGUUGAUGCAGUGACGCCGGACUGUUUGACCCCCGUUUCGACCAUCGUCGCUGCGUACCAGAGGUGCUUGGAUGAUGAUGCGCUCUUCGGCAAGGUCAUCGAAUGCUCAACGGACAAGCAAUUCUUCCUGGAGGCGCCCUCUCUGGCGAAUGGCCGUUUCUCCAAGCGAGCAGUUACCGUCUGGGAUCCGUUGUUUAAGAUGUACCACAAAGAAAGCUCGGGGCUGCCGGACGCCAUCCCCUGAGGGGGGCGCGAUAAUAGGAAGAAGAGGGUCGGGUGAUGUUUGCUGG